GCCUGGCUACAGUACAGCUACAUUGUCCUUCAAGUGUUUUGAACAUUAAUAAGCUACAAACAAAGCAGAAGACUUUAAAGCAGCUUUUAAACACAGUGAGAGUCAGACUAGGUCGUCAUUAAAAUCAAACAGCUAGCCUACUUUUCAUUUCUCGCUUUCUUUCUUUGCCAGACAAAGAUUCAAGUGCUUGGAGACUGAAACUUGUAUAAUAUAUCAGCUUAACUGGUUAAAUCUAAUGGCCUCAAAAAGCAGUAAAUUUUAAGCGAGUAAAGUUGGUUGGAAUUAACCUGUAAUAUUAACGUAGAUAUAACUACAUGCUACAUGUUAUCAUUAAAGAAAUGCGCGCGUUUGUUUAUUUCCUCUUGGUCUUGUGUAAGAACAUUUCGUGCAACUUGCGAUCGUAGGCGCGAGGACCAGAGCGGUUGCUAAGGGCAACCUGCCUUCUCUUCUGUAAAACAGUAGAAGACAGGACCUUCUCUUUGAAAAGUUGUUCAGUGUUGUACUACACGAAACUUUUGAGCAUUUAAGCAGAUAAAAACUACACUGUAAUAUAUUGUGAUAUAUUGUGAUUUACUUCAGCUUUGGUGUGGAAAAAAGUUAAAACUUUCAAUCAGGAUGUCCAUGGCGGAUUCUUUACGGCUCCCAGCCAUUCAACAUCCUCUAUCAAGACUCGGAGAUCCAGACCUCAUCUCCCUCCGGGGUUAUUCAGCAGACUGCAGCAGAGAUUACAAAUGCUGGAUGCCCAAGAGAGGAAUCAGACCUCAAUCUCCAGGCACAGAGAGUCUGGAUUCUGCGUUCCGCAGUCAGAGCAGCAGAAGUGAUAUCAGCUCUGUGAUGGAGAAACGAAAAAGAGGAGGAUUGGAUAUUCCAGAAGAGAUCCCCGAGGGAGAGGAGGUUAUGGAUAACCCCAAACUACCCAUCUAUCAUCACAAAAUGGCAUCUGAUCAUCGCUCCUUAAGUAGGGUUUCUCAUACGACUUACUCCAGCACCGAAGCAGGGUUGGCAGAUCAAACUGAUCAGUUGGAGGAUGUGAUUAAAGAGCGUAUUCAAACCACAGGUGCUUUCACCCUCAAAAUGCUGUUUAAGAACAGCCACCCUGAUGGCAAACCUCUGGUCAACAGGUCUGCUUUACUUGAGAUUCUCACAAAGUUCUUGAGGCGCCAUGUGACAGCUAAACAACUGAAAGACCUUCUACUACGUCUGCACCUCUCUGAUAGAGCUCUUAUCAGUUUUGAGGAUUUUUAUGGUGCACUAAGAGACCCAGAGCCCAAUAAAAACAACCCAGUAGGUUCGCUCACGAUCCCUCAGAUUCUAGCCCUGCUGAGAGGUCCCGCACGCAACAGGUUUCUGGAAAGUAUGGAGGGUUUGUGUAAGUCUGACACUGAAAGCUGGAUUUCUGCACAAGAGUUUCGAAAUAUACUCAAUAAACUUAAACUUCAUUUGAAAGAUCCCGAGUUUGAAAAAUUAUGGAAAAGGUUAGAUGUGGAUGGAUUCGGGGCAGUUAAACAGACAAUUUUACUGAAAAAAUUAGGAUUGAGCAGAAGAACUGAAGCAAACAAUGAGAGAAACAACCACGCCUCUAUUACAGCUAAACCUGAGGACAUGAAAUCAUCUUCUGGUAGGCCGCUCUCUAAGGCAGAAGAAGAACGUCACGCAUCUAUCGCCAUAGAGACAUGGCUGAAGGACAAAUUCAGGGAGGGAGCUCAGAGCAUGAAAGCUGAGUUUGAAAAACUGGAUGCUGAAAAUAGUGGAAAGGUGAAAGGGGAAGACUUCUUACAGGUCCUGAGGAAGUUUGAUCUUCACCUGAGGAGGGAGCACCUCGGCCUGUUCUUGUCUCGCUGUGGUCUGAAAUUAAAGAAGGGUUGUGUGCAGUACUUAAACUUCCUGCGUACUUUCCAAGACAGAAGUUCAGAUGGAAUCACACACAAGAUCAUCUCUAACCCAAAACACCGGUUUCAUUUUGAUGAGAACAACAGUUGUGUUUCAACUUUAAGUGCAAUAGAAGCCAAAUUAACUCGCUUGUUUCAGUCCGAGUACCUUUCCCUCCUUCAGACCUUUCAGAAAAUUGAUAAGUUCAAUAAAGGAAUUAUUACUCAGGAGGAAUUCAGAGCAGCGUUUGAGAGCAGGUUUGGCCUGGAGAUUUCCGACCCUCAGUUUGAGCAGCUGUUAGACAGGACUCCCUCUUGACCAUCGCGGAAAUGUGCAGUACCCGAUCUUCAUGGCAACCUUUGACACCAGGAAAGGAGUUCCCAGCCUUUUCCAGCCAGUUGCUCAGCCUGCCGCUAAUGAUUCAGAUGAGGAGAAGGGCUUAGUGGAACAAAAUCGAAGUGACCUUGAG